ACAAUGUGUUUUGGAACGCAAUAACAUAGCGUUGUACACGAUUUAACAGACAGAAAAGAGGUUAUGGUUUUCGGUUGUACUAUAAGUGUAUUCUGAAAUAUAAAAUAUAAUAAUAAUAUGAAGCUAGUAAGGUUUUUGAUGAAACUCAGUCACGAGACUGUAACAAUAGAAUUAAAGAAUGGAACACAGGUACAUGGCACUAUUACCGGAGUGGAUGUGGCAAUGAACACACAUUUAAAAACAGUAAAAAUGACUAUAAAAAAUAGGGAUCCUGUACAAUUGGAUACUUUGAGUUUACGAGGCAAUAAUAUAAGGUAUUAUAUACUGCCAGAUUCACUACCACUGGAAACAUUACUCAUAGAUGACACACCAAAAGCCAAGGCUAAGAAAAAGGAAGCUGCCAGAGGAGCAGCACGUGGUAGAGGACGAGGUGGUCGUGGUACUAGAGGUGGCCGUGGUGGACGUGGUAGAGGAAGAGGCAGGCGAUAGUUACACAGUGUUUUAAUUAAAAAAAUCUAACUGAAUUUUGGCACAUUUAAA